AACAAAUAAACAAAUACAAAAACAAAAAUAUAACUUCACAUAUUCAAGUUCCCAUAGUAUAUUCAACUAAUGGCGAAGAGGAGAGGAAGGCCUAGGAAGAAAGGAUCGUCGAUGGAUCAAUCGCAAGUUAACAAUGUAUCUAGAACCGGAAGCACUUUCAAUACACCGGUAAGCAAACCAGCUGUAUCUGAGGAGGGGAAGGAGAUUCAGAGCUCUGAACCGGUAAUUCCACAGAGCGGGAUUUUGGAGAAGAAGACGGUUGAACCCAACAUCAACAUUGAGGAUCAACCUGAUGAUACUACGGGGGGAAUACAGCAGAAGUCAUACGCAGAUGUACUCAAGCUGAAUCAAACUAUUCAGGUAGAUCUUAAAUUCAUUCAAUCAGAUGUGAUAAGUGGCCAGAGGGUAGCUAAAUUGACAAAGGAUGAUGUAAUUGAAGAAUAUGGGAUCUGGGAUAAAGCUGUGAAUUGGGUCUCUGGUAAGGCAGUGGAUAUCACUAAACUGAGUGAUAUACCAAUUUGGAUCCAAUUCCCUAACCUCCAAAUGAAGUAUUGGAGCUUGUCUGGACUGAGCAAAUUGGGGAGUUUAGUUGGUAAACCUGUUAAAAGAGACAAAGCCACUGCCACUAAAGCUAAAUGGAAUUUCGCUAGGAUUCAAGUAGAAGUACAGGCCCAACAGAUUUGCCCAGAUAAAAUACAAUUUGUGGAUGAGGAAGAUAGGGUUAUAACACAAGAAUUUGCAUAUGAGUGGAAACCAGUAUUGUGUGAUCAUUGCAAUAAACUUGGACAUGAAUCUCAGAACGGCAGAAAGAAGGAGAAGGAUCGGAAGAAUCAGAAAGGGGGCCAGCAGAAAAUAUGGGUUCCUAAACAAAAACAGGGAAAAAAUGAAGUGGUUGAAGAAGAGGAAGGGACAGGGAAGGCAAUGACUACUAGGGAUAACAUAAUCCCAACACAAGAAAAUGGAAUAGAUCAGGAUGGUUUUCAAAUGGCCAGUGGCAAGAAAGCAGCUAGGAGGAUGAUAACGGAGGAAAAAGGGGUGGAUCCCCCUUAUGGUCCUAAUCUUUUCUUAACAUGAUCUUGUGCUGGAACAUUAGGGGAUUAAAUAAUCCCACUAAACAAUGGGAAGUCAUCAGUAUAAUUAAUAAAUAUAAGGUAUGUAU